CUCGAGGGCUCUCAUCGCGUCUCAAAUAAUCUCACACUCGGAGGUCCUCAUUUGAAUUUGAUGAACCUCAAAUUUCGAAAUAUCAAUAUUCAGGUGGCGUAGGUAGCUUACUAAGGGUCUCGAAAAUCGCAUAAUUCUUGUAUGCGUUCUGCUAUAUCCUCAUCGAUGACGUCUAUAGUGGUAAUAUAUAAAGCUUAGAGUUUGGACGUGGUCUUCACUAUCCAUCUGUCUCAAUCAAGAAAUUUCCUUCCGGAUAUGUCUGGAACUCGUGUACACACUAUCAACGUCAAUGGAGUGGAAAUUUUCUAUCGCGAAGCGGGAAAGGCAAAUGCACCCGUUGUGCUGCUGCUUCACGGUUUCCCGUCCUCGUCCUUUCAGUAUCGGAACUUGAUCACUAAAUUGGAAGGAAAGUACCGUGUUAUUGCGCCUGAUCUUCCUGGUUUCGGUUUUACCAAGGUUCCCGAUGCUCUCAAGUACCUGUACACGUUUGACAACAUUGCAAAAACGAUUGAGGCAUUUGUCGAUGUCUUGAACUUGAAAAAAUAUGCUAUAUACAUCUUCGAUUACGGUGCACCGACGGGAUUGAGAUUAGCUCUCUCCCGUCCUUCUGCUAUAACAGCAAUCAUUUCACAGAAUGGAAACGCUUUUGAAGUUGGCUUAGGCGAGUUUUGGAACGGCAUUCGUAAAUACUGGAAUGAUCCUACCCCGGAUAACCGUAAAUCUCUUGUGUGGCUAACCAAGUUCGAGGCAACGAAAUUCCAGGUUUGAUUCCAUUUCGUUCAUCUAUACACCACUUUGUCACCC